AUGGCAAACACAGAAUGGGUGCAUCUUCCAAACAACACAGGAUUCAUUCUCUUGGGUCUAGAAAGAUUUAGUGAAUUUCAAAGUUUUCUCUUCCUAAUAUUUCUAAUUGCCUACAUUGUGACCAUGGCUGGGAACAUCCUCAUUGUGGUGUUAGUCAUCUUUGACCAUCACUUCCACACUCCAAUGUACUUCUUUCUGGGGAAUCUCUCCUUCCUGGAGGCUUGCUACAGCACCAAUAUUCUCCCUAAAAUGCUGGCUGGACUGCUGGAUGGAGGCACCACAAUAUCUCACACGAGUUGCUAUACUCAGUGGUACUUAUUGGGAUGCCUGGGUGGUACUGAGUGUUAUCUACUUUCUGUGAUGUCUUAUGACAGAUACUUGGCAAUCUGUAAACCUCUACAUUAUGCAAACCUCAUGAGCACCAAGGCUUGUAUCUAUCUGGCAGCUGUAUCAUGGCUGAAUGGAUUUAUAGAGACUUCAGUCUUACUGGUUUUUAUGUCGCAGUUAGUUUUCUGUGGUCCUACCAAAAUUGACCAUUUCUUUUGUGAAUUGCUCACACUAAUAAAGCUGUCUUGCAGCAAUACAAGAGCAGUAGAAGUUGUGACUUUCAUCAUAGCUGUCAUAGUCACACUUCCCCCUUUCCUCCUUACUCUGACAUCUUAUGCAUGCAUUAUUGCUGCCAUCCUGAAAAUCCCAUCUACGACUGGAAGGAAAAAAGCCUUUUCCACUUGUUCUUCCCAUCUUAUUGUUGUUUCCAUUUUCUAUGGGUCCUUAAUAUUUGUCUAUAUGUUACCAAAGACAGAAGCACUGAGAGGCCUAGACAAAGUUUUCUCUCUCUUAUACACUGCCUUGCCACCUCUGGCCAAUCCUUUCUUAUACAGCUUGAGGAACAAGGAGGUAAAGCAAGCUGUGAGAAAAAUGUUGGUAAGGUUUGUGAUUGAUAAAGGAUACUAG